AUGGUGUGGAGGUGGAUUGGUGCACCAGACCUUAAUCCAGGGUUACCCAUCGUGGAUGAAGGCGACUAUUAUGCAUAUGGGAUUGGUGGCGUACAGAUAUUAGACGAUGGAAACAAAGACAGCACAAGAGAUGCAUCUCCAAGGGAACCUACAUGCAUAGUACAUCCUACUCGAUCGUUCAAGCACCAAACAAUUCGACGUCAGGUGGGGUUGCUUUGUAUUUGGGAUCCAAAUAAGAUAAACGUAAGCUCUCAGUUUUCAGGCUCGGGAUACUUGGGGUUGAUUGGUAUAGUAAAAGAAUCUGGCGAUGUUGUGGUAAUGGUAAAUGUAUAUGCACCCUUUAAGGGGAGCAUUAGAUCACUGGAGGAAAGGGUGGUUGCGUCUAGAAUGUAUGUCGUUACGGAUAUUGCAAUGUUUAAUGGUUUCAUAGAGCUCAUGGAGAUGGAGGGUGUACCACUAGCAGGAAGAAAAUUCACAUGGUAUAGGCCUAAUGGUGCAGUAAAAAGUAGAAUCGAUCGUGUAUUGGUCUCUAAGGAAUGGUCUAUGAGAUGGCCAUGCACUAGUCAAUUGGUGCUAAACCGAGGUAUUUUUUAUCAUUGCCCAAUAUUGAUGAGGAAUGACGAGGAUGAUUGGGGCCCAAAACCAUUCAGAAUAUUUAAUUCAUGGCUACAGAGAGUGGAGUUCAAGAAAAUGGUGACCAAAGAGUGGUCUGAUCUGGUGGUGCCUGGCUGGGCGACAUUCAGGCUUAAAGAAAAAAUUAAACACUUGAAGCACAAAAUCAAGGCUUGGGUUAAUGAGACAUUAGUUGGGAUGGGAAACACCGCACCAGGGGUGAUGGAUGAGUUGAAUAAGCCUGAUAGAAUUGAGGAGUGCAGGGAGUUAUCGGAGGAUGAGAGGGACCGAAAGAUGCAACUUCAACAAUCAUUUUGGGAAAUUGCUAUUAGAGAGGAGUCACAGUUGGCUCAAAAAUCACGGUGCCGCUGGAUUCAACUAGGACACUUAAAUUCAAAAUUCUUUCACUUAGUUUUGAACGACUAUCGACCAAUAUCUCUGGUGGGGUGCAUGUACAAAAUAUUGGCCAAAACUCUUGCUAGGAGAUUGAAGGUCAUACUACCUUCGUUGGUGGAUGAGAGACAGAUAGCAUUUGUGGAGGGUAGGGGGUUGCUACAAAGUGCUGUCAUUUUAAAUGAAACUCUUGACGAGGUACUAGUGGAUAUUCUACAAUAUGCUGAUGACACUAUAUUCAUUGCUGAGGAUAAUCUUGAGAAUGUUAAAACUUUGAAAGUCAUUCUUCGGUGUUUCGAAUUAGCUAGUGGAUUGAAAGUGAACUUUGCAAAGAGCAGUCUUGGUGGGAUUGGUGUUGAUAGGGAGACAUUGAUAUCAUAUGCUGAACAACUACACUGCAAGCUGUCAAAUAUCCCAUUUCAGUAUUUGGGUAUUCCAAUAGGGGCAAAUCAUAGAAGAUGUACUACUUGGCAACCUAUUAUUAGGAAGUUUUCUAAGAAGCUUUCUGCUUGGAGAGCUAGAACUCUAUCCAUUGCGGGAAGAGUAUGUCUGAUUAAUGCUGUUCUUACAUCUUUAUCGUUGUAUUUCAUGUCAUUUUACCGGAUGCCGAGACUGGUGGUAAAACAACUCACCAAAUUGUAG